GGUUGGAGACGGAAACGCUCUAGACCACCUCCGCCCAGAGGGCUGGUGGGACUCGAAGUAUGCUUACACAGUUGUUUCGCCCUCUCGGGGCAUGUCUGGCGGAGACAGCCUCUGGGGGGAGGGCCAGUUGAGACAGUGGCGGCCCUCCUGCCCGCCCCCAUCCGCCGGCGUCUCCACUCCGCAGCCAUUUGGCUCAAGAUUGGCUCAGGUUGUAGCCAAGUGUUCAACUCUGUCGCCGAAGCUGCCAGCUCGCGGCGUCUCUCAUACGUCGUCAAUGGCCAACGCCACGUUCGAGAUGGUGGCUUCCAAUCUGGCCGUCAGCGAGGCUGGGCUCCUCGCCGCAACGGACCUCUACACGGAGCAGGGCGAGCCGGGCAAGAAGGGGCCGCCUGCAGCGCGCGUGCGGUGGGCCGGCUGGCGGGUCGGCCUGGGGGCGCUCUUGGCCGCGGCGCUCGUGGGCGUCGCCGCGCGGGCGGCCGCCCAGCAGCGCGGCCAGGCGCCCGCGCUCACGAAGGACGUGCCCGAGGCGACGGAGUUGCAGGACUGCGGAUCCAAUCCCGCGUGCCAGUACGAACCGGCGACCGGGGGCUGCGAUUGCACCCCGAGCGCCGGUUCGUCGGCGACCUACCCGACGCCCAUCACGGACUGCGGACCCAACCCCGCGUGCCAGUGCAAUCCGGAUACCGGCGGCUGCGACUGCACCCCGCGCUGAUGCCUACAAUAAAUACAAGGGCAACGCAAAUGAUCUAAUGUCUGUUUUUUUUCGCCGAUCGCGCGCAGUUGACGCAUCUGCCGCAGUUAGGCCACCGCGUGCCGUAGUUAGGACUUCCGCCGGCGUCUCCGAUCUCGCCGCUCAUUCGGACGAUUGCCAAGACCGCGGCUGUUGCGUCGGAUACUCUUCGCUUAUAAUGGGCGGUGCCCUCUAGAGACUAUAGACAUCAAGAUCUCUGCGGGCAGGGCGCCCGAAUGCUUGCGGGCGCGCGUUCGGGGCUGGCGGGGCGCGCGCUCGAGAGCGCCUCGUGGGGCACUCCUUGGAGCUAUCCUUGUUUUAAUUUGAGGGAG